GAAACUGGACUGCUUCAUAGGUACACAAGUUGGGGAAAAGGAGUUUAUUUCCUUUGAAGGUACUGCGAUUGUUCUAAAUAAUACUGAGUCCACUAUGAAAGUGUGUGACCUACUGAUUCACUUGAUACUAAUAGCAGUAGUAACACUUGGUAAUGUCAGCACUUUGUAAGUUCUCUCUCAUUUCUAUGUAUUUCCACUGAGCACCAGGGAUCUCCCAUAUUAGAGAAAAUGCAAGAAUAUCUGAAGUGCACUUGACUGGACUUCAAGGUAGAAGCUACUAAAGAAUCUUACAAGUGUUUUGCCUGGCAAGCAUAGUUUACAAGUGAUUAAAAGAGAAUGCAAAAAUGAGAUGUUUAUUAAACCAGACCAUGACCUCUCUUGAGCUUAGCUAGGCCAAGUCUCUCAGGCAAUGCAUAUGAGGUUAUCUGAAGAUCAAAAGAAUAUUAUCUUGUGAUUGGAGGAGUCUUUAUUGCAGUUGAUGAGCUGUUUGGAGAGCAUGCUGCUUUUUGCUGAGCCUAUGUAUAGAACUGCUGAAGCUAUUGGAUCAUGGGCAUCAUCUGGAUCUGGAAAGAUAGAAGGUUCAUAACUAUUUCUGAUGAGGUCAUUUGUGGGCACUGAUCUCAACUAAAUAACACAGGACCACUGGUACUGAAAGAACAGUAGGCACAAAAGUGUAAGCUGAGUCCUGCCGGUUGUGCAGGAGGAAAAGAACACGUGUUGAUUUUGUGAUUCUUCUAAGAACAGCAUAAAUCAACUGGUGGCUGCAUUGUCAUGCAUAUCCACAUGGGCGAUCUGAAGUCUGUUCUUAAUUUCAUAAAGUAGAUUUUUAUUAACUUUAUUGAUUUGUUAAUGGGCUAAUAAUUAUCUCUUCUGUUGCUUGCUAUAAAUUUCUUUAAACAGCAGAGUAUUCAGAGCAAGAGUCUCCUUUGCCCAGCUCUGACUUUGACUGAACACACGUUCUGGGGGAGGCACCACUUGGGCAAAGCCUGAUUUGUAAUGCAGCUGGUAGUGCUGCGUUUACAAAUGCACUGGAGUGAGAGGGUAAAUAAGAACUAGGAACAGAGUUUAAAAUGCGGAUGAAAAGUCAUCUUCUGUUUUAAGUAUUAUUGAAAACUGUAAUUUUUACAACUGGGUAGUUAGUGAUUUUUUCUACCGCCUAUUGACAUAUGGAGGAAAGUAAACUCCGAAGUGAGAGCUCUGACCUACAAGCAUUGUACUCCAAAUUCUGGAUAUUCGUCUUCACUCUACAUCAGUGAGUUUUCUGAUCACAGUGGGAUGAAGAGGAGAGAGUUUGGUGACAUGAGUAGGUGGUGAGUGAGUGGAUUUGGGCAGGGAGUCUGAAAUUGGAUGUUGUCCUGUUGUAUAUGGUGCUUUUCCUUCAUAGAGGCCUGUUGAAGUCUAAUAUCUGUUACCGUUAUGUAGGAUAAUGAUCUUGAUUAUAAUAAUGUGAAAGGAGUUGGGUGUCUGCUCAUGCUUUUGAGCUCUUAAUUUUAUUUGCUCUGAACUCAAAGCAGUUCUUGUGCAAAGGUUAAAUAUAUUGCUGCUCUUCUUUCCAUCAGAAAUUUCCAAACACAAUAACUAAAAGCUUUGUAGCUACAAAGGGUUCCCCUGUUCCUUUUAUUUUCCUGCAAGGUGAUGGUGUGGUUUCUCAUUCUUUAGCUUGUUCUGCGUUAUUUUGAUACAUGUGCUGAAAGUGAUAAAAAUCGCUUGUGGCUGGUCACCUUUUUCUUCUUUCCAAGACACAAAGUUUGAUGUAGGUUUUUUCUGGCCAGCACUUGGCUUGUCUCAGCUGGCAGCCUCCUGUUUGGGACAAAAUAAGGCCCUGUUCUUGGAAUCCUGUGGUGCUGGGGCUCUUUUCUUACAUAUAACCAGAGGAUUAUAUUUGCCUGCAUAGACCAAAUAACAAGAGCGUAAAACUUCAGUUUGUGAUUAGGGAGUCUGUUCUGUGCUUGGUAACAGUCAGCUGUUUGCCUGUUCCAAGCCAGCCUGAUUUAGAGCCUCAGGAUACAGUUUCACAGUAGCUUGAACCUUUCUAGACACAGGCUGGGAUUUGGGUGGUCCCUCCAUGUUAAUAUUAGUGCACUAACAUCACAGUGGGCUGGAUGACCAGAAUGGCCUCAAACCCUUCUCUCUUUUUGUUUGUUUGCCUUCAGUCCUGGUCAUUGAUCUUUGACUUUGCAGCUGGGAAGCGCUGGUGCUGACACAGCGGAGGAGUAGCAUGACCGGCCAUAAGGGAGUGCAGGAUUUGCUGAACUCAGAGACUGUGGAAACUUUACUCGUGCCAAACAGUCACCUUUGCUUUAUCUCAAAUUUUGUCUCUUUUCUUGGCAGGGGAGGGGAAACAAACCUGCCCAUACUGUUCGAGCCGCUGGUGUUAUUCUGUUUUGCCUAAUGCCUUUUUUUUUUUUUAAGGGAGAAACUUUGUCUGAAACUAGAGGCUCUUGGACUUAGCAACGCAAUGUGAUAUUUAUUUAUGAAAGGCUGUCAGUGUUGUUCCAAACAUGUAGUUCACCUGUUCAACUUGAGUCCCUCACAAAGGAAUCACUAUUGCUGACUGUAACAGGGUUUUUUGGAAAAUGAAUCUGCGUUCUGUAUUUACUGUAGAACAACAAAGGAUAUUACAGCGUUAUUAUGAAAAUGGAAUGACAAAUCAAAGUAAAAAUUGCUUUCAGCUCAUAUUACAGUGUGCACAAGAAACUAAACUGGACUUCAGUGUAGUCAGGACGUGGGUUGGCAAUAAGCGGAGGAAGAUGAGCAGCAAGAGUGCUGUAGAAUCUGGCGGCACUCCCCCAGGGACUGUCCCUACUACUCCCUCAGUACCUCCAGAAGCAGCUGUUAGAAAUGUGGUAAAUAUUGCUCGAUCCCAAAGCCAGCAGUCUUCUUGGACCUCUUCUAAUAACGAUGUGAUAGUUACUGGUAUAUACAGUCCUGCUAGUUCAUCCAGUAGGCAAGGAUCCACCAAACAGACAAACGUUUCUAUGGCAGAAAUCCAUAAAACCUCUAUUCCACGGCUACCAGGAAAAAGUGAUACAGAGUUUCAGCAGCAGCAUCACAUCCCUAUAGGACGACAAGUACCACAUUGUAAAAAUGCUUCCCUAUUAGUAGGGGAAAAGACUAUUAUUUUAUCUAGGCAGACAAGUGUACUGAAUUCUGCGAACUCCAUAUAUAGUCACACUAAAAAAAGUUACGGCGGUUCCUCAGUCCAGACCGCAGAAUUGGUGUUACCUCAGAAACCCAUGAUCUGCCACAGACCCUGUAAAGCUGAACCUGUGGGAUGUCAACGGUUACAAAAAACGGAACACGCACCUCUUGUGUCACAUGUCCCCCCUGGCCAAAGGGCUAAUUCCAGGGACCCUGCUUGUAGCACACAAAACCUGGAAAUCCGUGAAGUGUUUUCUCUGGCGGUUACAGAUCAACCUCAGCGAAUCGUGGGAGGGAGCGCGAUGCAGAAGCGUUGCUCGGUGGAGGGCAGCUGUCUGUCCAUCGCGAUGGAAACUGGAGACGUGGAUGAUGAGUACGCUAGAGAAGAAGAGCUAGCGUCCAUGGGAGCACAAAUACAAAGCUAUUCAAGAUACUGUGAAAGCAGCAGUUCUGUUCGAGUAGAGAACCAAAGUGCGGCCUUGUCUGGGCCAGGAAGAAACAUGAGCUGUAGUUCACAGAUGGUGAACACCAGGGACGUGCCUGACAGUAUUCUGUAUCAUAACAGAGACUACCACUUACCUGCACGGACCUCCUUACAUACAACAUCCAGUACGUUAUAUAACAGUGGUAACCCAUCAAGAAGUACCUUUUCUCCUCAUUUUACAUCUUCAAGUCAACUGAGGCUGUCACAAAACCAAAAUAAUUACCAGAUUUCAGGAAACCUUACUGUGCCUUGGAUUACAGGUUGUUCCAGAAAAAGAGCAUUACAGGACCGCACACAGUUUAGUGACCGAGACUUAGCUACCCUAAAGAAAUACUGGGACAAUGGCAUGACCAGCCUGGGCUCAGUCUGCAGAGAGAAAAUUGAAGCUGUGGCUGCAGAAUUAAAUGUUGACUGUGAAAUAGUGCGGACUUGGAUUGGGAAUCGAAGACGGAAAUAUCGUUUAAUGGGGAUUGAGGUCCCACCCCCUAGAGGAGGUCCUGCUGAUUUCUCUGAUCAAUCUGAAUUUGUUUCUAAAUCAGCACUUAAUCCAGGAGAGGAAACUGCUACUGAAGUGGGGGAUGAUAAUGAUAGGAAUGAUGAAGUAUCAAUCUGCUUAUCUGAAGGAAGCUCACAAGAAGAGACAAACGAAUCUCUUCAAAAUGAAGAAAUUGGUCACAAAGAUGAUGACCAGAAUCCAGUAUCUACUGAUAAUGUGAAAAUAGAAAUUAUAGAUGAUGAAGAAAGUGAUAUGAUAAGUAAUUCUGAAGUGGAUCAAAUGAGUUCUCUUUUGGAUUAUAAGAAUGAAGAAGUCCGAUUCAUUGAGAAUGAGUUGGAGAACCACAAACAGAAGUAUUUUGAACUACAGACGUUCACUCGGAGUUUGAUACUUGCUAUUAAAUCAGAUGAUAAAGAGCAGCAGCAGGCACUGCUCUCAGACUUACCUCCUGAACUAGAAGAAAUGGAUUUCAAUCACGCGUCCCCAGAGCCUGAUGAUACCUCAUUCAGCUUGUCGUCUUUAUCAGAGAAAAAUGCCUCAGACAGUUUGUGAUUUAUUUUUUUUUUAAUUGACAAAGAGGAAACCCCACGUAACGUGUAGGUUUCGAGAGAAUGACGUUUCGCUAUCCGGUGUUCUUCAGUCCAAACAAGCAAGCCCAAGGUGGAGCAGCCCUUGCUGAAGGGUGGCUGUAGUUAGUGCGCCGCGGCUGCACUCUGCAGUGUCAUGAGAUUCCGAAUGUUGUUCUGGGUAAAUGAAAGAACUGUGUGAGUUGGGCCUUGAUUAGGAUAACUUCUGACUUUCCAGAAUAACUUGCUCUGUGGCAAAGUCUUUUUGAGCAGGGAUCCAAGAAUGGGAAAAAUGUGUCCCAUGAAACAGACAGGUCAUUCUCUUUCAGAGUCGUUUGCUCACCAGUCCUGUUUAUUAUUUUUUUUUACUCAGGUAGGUGGACUAAAAAUUUGGGAUCCAAAUAGAAUAAUGGGCUUUUUAUGAGUUGUGCUUGAACCCUUUUGAAAAUCUGAAAUUAAACUCAACUCUCUUUCAUUAUGUGACUACAGAUUGUUGAAUCUUCCAUUUUCCGACUAAAAUAGCUGAAAAAACUUUGAAAGGUUAACUGAAAAAUUUGAGUUAUCAUCAAUAAAUUAUUAAUGUACAGAAACAGUUAUAAGUGUUAUAACAAAUUAGAUGCAUAUGGGAAACCUGAUAGCUGCAGAAUGCAACUUUCUGGUGUUCUCACAGUAUCAAUGGCAUUAGAUGUUUACACUACUAUUUUAGGGGUUUAUGAAUGUAGUUACAGUUUUUAUUUGUCAAAUCUAAAUGCUAAAGUUCUGUUCAUGGUUUUCAGUAUUGGUUAUAUGUUUCUUCACAAACUUUGCUCCAUUUUAUCAAGACACUGUCAUAAAGCCAGAGCUGUUGUUGUGUUCUGAAAGGUAUUGGAGUGUUUGGAAUUGAGCUUUGAGAUCUCCAUGUGACCUGUUUCUGAAGAAGCUCCGUCUGAUGAAGUUUUUGGCAUCUGCCAGGUUACAGGAGCCAUUUCCACACUGAGCUCAAUUGCAGGCAGGGGAUGAAAUGAAUUUCUUCUUUCCCAGCUGUCAUUGGCAUUGACCCCUUUUACUCAUCUGAUUAAAUGGAUGUGCAGACGCAGAUCAGUUGAGUAGGGCAUGUAGGUGCAUGCCCAUAUUAUUGAUGCUUUAUAACUUCUAAUCCGAGUAUUCCUCUGCAAGCAUUUUUGAAGCAGAUACCUUCACAGUCUGGUGAAAAGCCUGAACUUUCGAUUUUAUGCCAAAUAAUUAUUUACUCUGGUGAAUACUUACUCAUGUAGUACAGUAAGUAAUCCACGUGAUUUCAGUGGGAAGCCCAAGGUGUAGCUCAGAACAUCCAGAAUGUUUCUUUAAUACUGGGAUUAACUCACAAUUUUAGGUUUUUCUCAGUCUGGUCUGUUCAUCCCUAAUCACUUGUCCACCUUUUAUUUUAGAAUCAGUAGUGAGCUCUGUUUCAGGGUUUUUUCCGUCUCUGUGUUGUCCUUGGGCAUGGGGAACUUUAAAUAACAUGGUUACCUGCCAACUGCAUAACGGAGAGCAGCAGUUUUUAAAAAAGAAAACAAAACCGUUUCACAGUUCUGGCUGCUCUACAAUUCCGUUAAUUCCCAAAAGACCUCUUACCAUCUCUUCCACAGAGCAACCCCACAAAAGCAAACUGUUGGGCCUGUAUUUGAGCUUAGGCGUUAAAACUCGGAGUAGAAUCCCAAGAGAGAGGGCAGACGCUGUGUGUAAGCAGGAGGUAAGUGGCAGGUUACUCAUCCUUUCACUGCCAGGUUUGUGAGCAAAGAUCACAGUACUAUCCCUCAAAUGUGAGAUAGGGCUCAACUGUAAUUCUGCUCCCCCUGAAAACAUCAUUUACAAAGGCUUUUCUCUACUGGGUUAACAAUGCUUUCUGUUUCGCUCUCUCUAGAUAGGAAAUUUGUGCCACUGACAAUGAAACCUCUUGUUUCCUCGAAGCUUUUCUGAAAUUAAAAAAAUAUAGUACUGUGAUUUGCCACUGUUUGGACCCUGUUUGCCACUCUUUGGGUCCUAUUUUCCUGCUGCUUUCACUUAAAUUCCCAUGACAGAAGGCAGGAUACUCUUCAUGAGAGUUCUUGAUUUUUAUGGUCAACUGAGUUAUCUACCCUUAUACAGAAAAACUUUCAUUGAUGAUUCAUAUUUUGCUAUGUCUUGCUUCUGUUUUAUAUGCCGAACAAAUUGAAGGCAUUAGUUUUGAAUGAACUACUACCAAGUUGAAGCAAUUCUGGAGAUCCCUUUUCUCAAGGAGGCUGGGUCCCUCUUUAGGAUGUGCAGCUGAAGCUCCAGCUGUAGCCAGCACCCUCCUCAUCCCCGGGGACAUGGUGUCCUUUGGUCCUUUUCUCUUGUAGGUGACAAGACAGAACAGCAAAGUGGUCGUGCUUUCAUACCCUGAAACACUUGACAAUAUUACAGGAUAUUCAGGAAGAGUAUAAAUUACAUAACGAAGGCCUGUAUAGAAUAAUUCUGUAUAACUGGUCCGUGUUUUAUUUGUUAGUAUAUAUUAGUAUAUAUUUCCUGCCAUGUGUAAAACAAAAAGCUUAAUGCUAUAUUACCAUUGCUGGUUAUUGAAAUCGUUGCAGCAGCAGUGGCUGAAAAGCCACACACUUGCUCGUGAGGUCAUGUAACACAACACUUAACCAUCCUUGAGAGGCAGGAAAAUACAUAUCCAAGUGUCGCACUUCAGACUAGCACAUCCUUUGUCACUUAGGGCUUGGUUGUUUCUGUCCCUGCCAGGGCAGCAUAAUGUGCUCAUCAGCUUUGCAGGUGACAUCCCAGUCCCGCUCACUUGGGUCCCAUCAGCUGGACCUUGGAACAAUAGGAGAGAACUUGGCACGUUCAGAACAAUAGGGGAGAACUUGGCAGAUUCCUUUCCAGCUUCAUCCUGGUAAUUUGCGAGCACUGUACUGCCGGGCAUCGCGUUCUGACCCGCAGGCACCAGGAUGCUCAUUUCCAGAUGAAAUUCUGAGAGUUCUUCAGAUGAAGGAACCUGCUGGGGGUGGCUCUCUGGGCCCGGGGCAUUAGGAUUUGAUUUAUGGUCACUUCCUCUGUUUGUAGGAUACUAACGAAAGCCCACAUUAAGUGCUAAUUCAUCAUUUGCAUAGAUUUUCCAUGACAGAGCUAAAUUGUGUUAUGAUGACAGAAACAAGCUAUUUCGGUCGUUUGGCUCUGUAGUUCAAAUAACCGCUUCAGCGGAAGUGCCACAUAUUGAUAUUUUUAUCAUUUUUCUGCGAUGGCCCUCACUUGCUCUGUCCGUGGAAGAUGGUUUCCCUGGUGUUGUUUAUUCCUAAUGCAUCUGUCAGAACGUGGAUGAUGACUUGUGUCUUUCUGAGGAAACCAGAGUGGGAAAAGGUAGUUUGGAGGAGACACUUUAAACGCAAGACAGGGCGCUGGCUCUCCUGGGGGAGCAAUGAAAGGCUUUGAUGGCAGCGAGCUCUCCCAUGGCUACGAAAGCCUUUUCCUGGAGCUGUGACACUUUUUGUUUCCCUGCAGAUGAUGCUUCUGUCAAGUCUAAUAGGAGUGAGUAAUGGUAAAUAUUCUAAUAGGUGCAUUUUUGGCAGAUUUAGAAGUACACGAACAGAGGUACCAUACAACUGUCAGUUUUCUUGAGCGCUUGGUUUGUGAAGCAGCAUUGCACUUUAAUCUUUCCAAGUAUUUCUUUUUCGCUAAGGCAAUAACAAGUCUGAACACAACAAGCAGAUCCUGGGUUUUGCAGUCCUGUGGGUGCAAAAAGGAAUGUACUGGGUGUAUCUUUGUCUUCGGUUGGGAAGCAGCUUAUUGAGUCCGUAUCUGCUGCUGUGGGUGUACAGCUGAAACGACAGGAGAAACCAACAGUAUCAUGAAAACCUUUCUUGUGGAAACGGAAGUGACUGGUUCCAAUCGGUCAGCUGUCCGAUUUGGGAUCUCUGCUGCGCUCCCGUAGGCAUGACGGUUCCAAGCAGCCCGUGAGCAGCACUGACCUGUCCUGGGGUACAGACUGUUGGGCUCAGGAUACAGACAGAAUAAGGAAAGACAAUAAUAGGCGUAAAUGGAAUAGCACAGAAUAACUGAAACACAAAGAAUUUGUAGCUUGUAAUGUUACAAGCAAAUGCUUGAUUUCCUACCUCCAGUCCCACUGCCCAGCUCCUUCAUGUUGGCCAAAUGGGAAAUAAGCAGCAGUACUACAAAAUAGGGGUUUUUCCGUGGCAGAAUAGGGUUUUCUUCUGACUACAGAGUAUUUAUUUGUCUCGGAAAGGCAGCAGCUGACGUUUUUGGUCAAAAGACGACAGACACAAACGGGGCAGAACCUUGGGCUUGUGGUGGUUGUUGUUUUUAAACGAAUGAACAAUCCUCUUCUGUAACAGAGAUGCUUCAGAAUGUUCCUGUACGGAAAAUGGUUUCAGGUCAGCGCUUUGGUUCUGGUGACCAUUUUACUGUAUUACUGAACUAAGGAAAGAAUUAUUUUAAAUUCUGUGUUACAUUUUACACACACUACCUCUGAAACAUGACACCACCUUUAAAACUACACGGAAAAUGUGAACUUAAAACAUUUUUUUAAUGUUUUCUAGGCAAUAAAUUAUUUGCAACACACAUCCUUUAAUUUUGUGCUUGUUUUUUAGCUGAGUGUGAGACAUUCACUUGGAUUUUUGUUUUAGUACCAUACAUAUUUGUCUUAAACACUGUCUAUGGACAAGGACAUAAUAAAGAUGUGAUAUUGGGGAGAAAAGCUUAGUAAUGGUAGUAAAUAUUUCUGUUAAAGCUGAAGGAUGCUGGAGUAAAUGGUCAGCUGUGCGAUUUUUGGUACAGGUACUGUGAGGAAGGGUUGUUAUCCUUUCUUCUGGUACUAAAUGAUUGUUGGAACAUAAUACAUCGUAAACUAAUUUAUCAGAGAGUCAGAUAAUGAGUCUCAUCAAUGUAAUGAGAAGAAAUAGUAUUUAUCAUUUCCUGAGCUAUUGCAGUUCAGAAAUAGGUCCUUAUAGUUUUAUUUCAGCUUUUUUUUUUUGCAUAGCAAUAUGUAGAAAGACCUCGUAGGAGCAGUUGUGAUUUAAAUGAAAAGGAAUCGGCAGCAAGGUAAGGUUUCAUGGAAAUGCAGACCGGGCUUUGGAGGGAAGGUUCGUCUGAGCAGGGUCCCUGUAAUUUCCCCCUCACUUCUCGCUCUGAAAUGCGCAGGAAGGGACGGGGACACGGGGGCGUCUCCCUUGAGUAGCAGAAAUGAAGAUCCUGGGGUUUUAGUCAAGAAAAUGACAAUAAAAAAUGUCAGCGCCUUGGGAGACAAGAGCUGCUGCUUUGGCUUCAAAUGGUGUGAAAUACGGUUCAAAGAUCUGGCAAAUCUGCUGGAUUGCAUUGGGGAAAAAUUGUGUUCUCCAAGGGAAAUUAGCCUUUUUAUGAUUAUUUCUAGAAUUACUGAGCGUAUAUGACUACGUGAAUGCAUAUUUAUAAUGUGCACAGAUACACUGAACUUGAUCAUCAGAUUAGCAUCUAAAAGGUAUUUUCACUUAAAAUAUUAAUGUAAUUCUUCUAAAAUAUAUUUUAUUGGCUCUCAGUUUUAUGUCUUACUAUAUAUUGAUUAUAUAGUUUUCAAAUUUAGUCAAAUGCAUUCAUACAAAUACUGUUUUUAGUUUAACUCCUUGCAAAACUAGUAACUUUUAGGCUUGGAAAUUUAAUAAAAUGCCCAUAAUGAGGGGAUUUCUAACUGACCUUGGCAAAUAUACUGCUGUAUUUAUGAAGAGAAAUGAAUCUUCUGCUAUGAUAAUUUCUGCUUUAGUUUCACUAAAAUUAUCAGUUUGGGGUUUUUUAAAAAAAAAAAAAAGAAGAAGUUGUGGAAGUUUAAAUGUUAUUGUAUCACUUGGAUGUUUUCCUUAGCCUGCAAAACGUAAUUCAUUAGCUUAAAACCUGUAUCAUUUCUGGACCAAUUCAUUAAGCUCUUUAACCUGAGUGUAUUACUGAGUUUCUCUGUGAAAAUCAGGAUUUAAAUUACAUUUCUAUUAUUUGUGUCAGUAUGUGUAGCAAAGAAACUGCUAUAAAUCUUAACCUGAAGUACCUCCACUAUGGUCCAGGAUUAUGAUCUUGGCUUAUUUGAAAGAUGAAUGCCUAGUGAAAUAUUCCAUAUGUUUGUAUUGAUUCUUUUUUCUGUAUAUAUAAGGAUAUUUAUAACCUUGUAUUAACAGAGUCACCAUGAGAAAUGCUUAUUUCCUUCUUUAGAAGCCUGCUCAGCUAUUUUUCUAUAAAAUGUUGGUCUUCGCCUUAAUUUUUUUUGGUGAAAAGUCGUGCCAUAGAUAUUUUAACUUAUCUGCAGAUAGUUUACAGAAUUUGCGUUGACUUGGCUUUAGUUAAUUAAUUUUUCCUCAAAUUGUUCAAAAUCGUUUUCUCUUCCAAAUGCGUCUCAAGGUUGGUUUGCUUUCCUAAUUUUUUUUUGUUCAGUUUUGGAAGAUACCUUCGUAUGCAUGCUUUGCUAGAUCAGGUUUUUCCUCUGUAGUCUAUUGUUUCUAGUUUAGAAAAACCUUUAACUGAAGGAAAAAAAUGAAGUAAUGCUUGUACAAAUGUAUCUAGAAUGGCCCAAACGGUCAGAGUAAAGGGCUAUUUAGCGUUGGUAAAUUUGUCUACUAGACUCAAGGAUAUUUUUCUACGUCUGUCAAGUUUGGGACUAUGGAGAAAUGAAAUAAAGGUUAACUAACUCCUUUUCCUAUACAAA